GUCUGGCGCCGCAGCCAUGGCUGCACCGUCGAUCACGCUUGGCAUCGACCUGGGCACCACGUCUGUGAAGGCGGCGCUGCUGGAGGCCGCGCCAGGCGAUCCCUCCGGGUUCGUGGUGCUGGCGAGCUGUGCCCGAGCUUCGCGGGCCGAGGUGGCGACCGAGAGCGCAGCGGCCGGGACGCAGGGGCGGGAGCAGGAUGUGAGCCGAAUCCUCCAAGCCCUCCAUGAGUGCUUGGCUGCCCUUCCCCGGCAGGAGCUCCGGAAAGUCGGGGCCAUCGGCGUGUCCGGACAGAUGCACGGAGUCGUGUUUUGGAAAACAGGCCAAGGCUGUGAAUGGACAGAAGGAAGGGCCACACCUGUGUUCGAGUCCAGAACCGUGAGCCACCUGGUCACAUGGCAGGAUGGCCGGUGUAGCAGUGGCUUCCUGGCUUCUCUACCCCAACCUGAGUCCCAUCUCAGCGUGGCCACCGGAUUUGGCUGUUCAACCAUCUUCUGGCUUUUGAAAAAUAGUCAGCUCGCCAGGCCUAACCUCUGCUCUCCCUGGUCCCUAGUUCUCAACAUCAGCACUUCGGUUCAGUUGGCAGCCUCCAUGCCUUCAGGAUUCCAGCCGGUCCAGACUCCAGACCCCUUGGCUCCGGUCGCCUACUUCCCAUACUUCAACAGGUCCUACCUGGGCGUGGCAGCAUCCCUCAAUGGGGGCAACGUGUUGGCCACGUUCGUCCACAUGCUGGUUCAGUGGAUGGCAGAGCUAGGCCUGGGGAUUGAAGAAUCCACUGUGUAUUCCCAUAUGAUCCAGGCAGCGGCUCAGCAGGAAGACACCUGCCUAACUAUCACCCCAACUGUGCUGGGAGAGAGGCAUCUGCCGGAUCAGCUGGCCUCAGUGACCAGAAUCUCCUCCUCCGACCUCUCCCUGGGCCACGGCUCCAGCCUUCCAGCGCUCAGUGGAGGCCGGCACUUUGUCCAGUUCCUGCACCAAAUGCUUUGCCCGUCUGGAGAAUCCUGA